AUGGGUCACUUCUGUGCCGUCUACUGCCUCGUGUUCGACAAGACCGGCCGCCUCUUCGUGACGGGCUCCGACGACAAGCUGAUCAAGGUGUGGAACUCGAGGACUUGCUGCCUGGUGAGGACGAUGAGGGGGCACGUGAGCGACAUAGUCGACUUGUCUGUCUCCUGCGACAACCGCUUCCUCGCCUCAGCUGGAAACGACCUGGACGUGCGGAUCUGGUGGCUGCACAACGGCGUCCCUGCCUUCGUCCUCCCAGGGCAUCAGCAGGUGAUAGCAAACGUUCGGUUCUCUUGGGCGAUGCACGCGGACCUGUCGCAGUCGCUCUACUCGUGGGGUCACGAUGGCGCGCUGAGGGAAUGGAAGAUCUCCUCCGACGGCUCCUCCUUCUCCUCCCGAGUCUUCCUGACGUCUGAGGCUCAGGUGCCCCCCGGCCCUCACCCUCCUCGCAAGGCCCCGGAGAUCCUCUGCGCGACGAUCCAUCGGUGGGGAAGCUGGGUGGCUGUCGGGUGCUCGGACCGGAUGAUCCGUAUCUACCUCCUCAACUCCAAGAUCUCUCGCCCCAUCCGCUGGAACGGCCACAUGGACCGCGUGGAGUACAUCACCAGCAACGCCUCCGGCAACCUCAUCGUGUCUGGGUCGCUCGACGGAACCGUGCGGAUCUGGCGCACCGACAAGUUUCUGACGCUGGUGGAUCAGCGGAUCCUCAACCUGCGACAGGGAGAGGAGCAGCAGACGGGCCGCUCGGUGGAGCGAGUGAAGGUGAACAUGGUGAGCCUGUCCUCCGACGGCUCCAAGGUCAUCAGCUCUCAGUCGCUGGAGAAGAAGCGCAAAGACAACAAGUGGCUUUGCAGGAUCAAGAUCUGGGCGGUCGACACGGGAGAACUGAUCCACAACCUCAGGGAUGCGCACGAGCAGCCAGUGUUCGUAGUGGAGGCCCAUCCCUCCGACCCUCGCGUGAUGGCGACGGCAGGAUACGACGCGCGAGUCGUGCUGUGGGACAUCGUGGGAGGGAAGGCCAUCAAAGAGUUUCACAUUCGCUUCCCCUUGGACGAUCGACUGAGCCCCAUCGACUUCGACGCACGUACAUCGGACAUCCUCGAGGGAAAGUGGCACCCCGACGGGACCUCGCUGGUGCUCACCCACAAGAACGGCCACUUCUCCAUCCUCACCUGUGGAAACUACAGCGAGAACCUCGCGCGAACAGCUCGAGAGCAGUUCUUUCAGACCGACUUCGGCGAGCUCUCCAUGGACGUCCAGCACAACGUGAUCGACCUGCAAGCUCAGGUUCCUCCUCACCUCCUGCCC